CUUUUUGUGUUGCGUUUGGCGUUUGGUGUCUUUCAUUUUUGUUUCCUCUUCUUGUUCUCAUGUUUUGUCAUGACCUCACGAUGCCGAAGACUGCUUUGAGAUACCACUAGACCCCAACCAGUUCUAGGGCCGACUGGCCCCUCAAUCACCAUGAGCCAGGCACCGCCGCCUCCGCCUCCGCAUGGAGAGAACCCCAGGACGACGGCUGGUGGCUCCGGUCUUCCGCCAGGGAGGUACGAUGUGUUCAUCAUACCGGAACACUCAGCUGGCGCGGGGUUCCUCUACCUGCCGUCGUUGAAGCCACAAUGGAACAGUUUCAUCGCAGGCGUUGUCAGCACCCUGGCCGUCGUCAUCAUGCUGAAUCUCGCCGCUCCGGCGCUGUUGAGCAUGUUCAGCAGCCCCGAGCGGAUGUGGUCGUUUCUGUGGGCAACCAUGGUGGCGUGUGUUGGUCUGGCCGCUUUUUUGCUGGGACGCCAUCAGAGCGAAACCCCUGGCCAGCAAAAUCGGGCGGGCAAUGGCUCUGGAGACCACGGGAAGCCAGGUCGUGGAGGAUAUGGCGGUGCACAUUCGUGGUACACUCCGCCGCCCCAGAGCGGUCCUCCGCCAAGUCAAUCGCCACCCCCUCCUCCACCACCUCCCCCUCCUCCCCCGCCCCAACAAGACGCUCCGAGGGAUGGUGGAGCGGGCGCGUAUCAAUCGUGGCAGCAAGAGCAGCCAAGACAGCAACAACAUGCCGAACCACAACCACAGCCUCCACCUCCUCCUCCUCCUCCUCCUCCUCCUCCGCAGCCCGAAGCCCAACCAGAGCCCAAGCCGCAGCCAAAACCCCAAGAGCCAAAAACUGAGGAGCCGAAGCCACAACCGCAGGCGCCUCCUCCGCCUGGCCCGACUUCGGCGAAAACCGAGCCCCCCAAGGGCGCCUGGGAGAAGGCGAGGGAGGAAAUGCGGCGAAGAGAGGAGGAACGCAAGGCCAAGGAGGCCGAAGCCAAGAAGAAAGAGGAAACCGCUCGACGACUACGCGAGUUGCGCGAGCGCGAGGCCAGGGAACGUGAGAGGCGGGAAAGGGAAGCGAGAGAACGAGAGAUGAAAGAGAAGCUACGGCAAGAGCAGGAGGCCAAAGAAAAGGAGCGAAUCGAACGGGAAGUGCGUGAGAAGAUCGAGAAGGAGUUGCGAGAGAAGGCAGAAAGGGAGGCGAAGGAGCGCGAGGCCAGGGAACGGGAGGCCAGGGAGCGGGAAGCCAAACUUCAGGAAGAAGCCCGAAAGCGGGAAGAAGAACGGGCACGGGCGGAAAGAGAACGGCAGGCUGCCCGGGAGCGGGAGCGCAAGGAGUACGAAGAGCGUGCAGCGCGGCUCCGCAAGGAGCAGGAAGAAAAGGAAAAGGCACAAACCGAGCGCAAAAGCACCACCUACGCCUUCUCGUCAGUCGGCGAGAAGACGAGCAUGUGGCCGAAUGGGAAGCCGCCCAGCGUAGCCCCGUCUCAGGCCGCGUCCACUCCGCCACCACCCAAACCCGCUCCCUUCCAGAGCCCACCGUCCCCGACGAAGCCACCGCCGUCCCCUACCAAGCCAGCGCCGUCUCCGACAAAAUCAACAACCUCCGCCACCGGCACCGAAGACACCUACUCGUACCGGCCCUACGACAAGCCCAAGAAGCCCACCGCCCGCAAGAAGUCCGUCUCGGACUUCUCCGAGUCCUCGUGGGCGCCCUCGGCCUCCACCGCACGCACCACCCCGCCGCCCUCGACCCGCGGGCCCUACACGACCAACGACCCGCAGAAGAUCAUCAUCAAGGCCGUCUACGGCUACCUCAACCAGUUCUCCAAGACGCCGGCCUCGCAGCUCGUCUCGGGCGUCGGCCCCGUCACGGACGGCCUGAUCCUGCGCGUCACCAGCGCGGGCCUGUUCGUCGACGACGACGUGCGCGGCGUCGCCCAGCGCGAGUGGGACGUCAAGGCCUGGACCCUCAAGCUGGUCGAGGUCUGGUGCCCCGUGCACGCCGUCACCGCCGCCGCCGGCAACACCCCGGGCUCCGUCCCCACCAACCACCCCUUCUUCAAGACCAUGCCCCAGAGCGCCCGCCGCGCCGCCGAGCGCGGCGCCACCAAGACCAUGCUCGGCGAGGAGGCCGUCGCCUACAUCGACGAGCUCGGCAGGGUGUGCGGCGGCGCCUGUCGCCGCGGGAACACUGCCGCCGGUUCGGCGGCCGGCGGCGGCAGCAGCAGCAACAGCGAGGAGGGCAAGGGCAGGGGCCUGCACCUGCUGCGCGCCACGAUCCGCGACCAGGAGGGCAAGCGCUUCCUGUUCGUCAUCAGCGAGGAGGAGGCCUGGAAGAUCGCCGGCGGCCUGGCUGCGCUCCGCGGCAGCAGCCAGGUCCGCGCCCUCGGCGUCGCCGGGUUCAGCAGCAUGGAGGCCAAGACGCUGCUGGAUACUCUCGGCUGGGGCGGUUAAAUAGUAGGGGUGGCUGGGCUGCGAGGCAGGCGUACCGGUCGCCGCCGGAGGUGAAUUGGGAAGGCAGGCUAUACCCCAGGCUAACUCCGGAGAGACGUGAUCAUCCAUCCUCGUCACACGUGUUCGCUGCUUAUC